GUAACAAAAUGGCCGCUUACAUGCACAGCUAGAUAUUUUUUUAUGAAAAAUGAACCACUACCGUUUAGUUGGUUUGUUGUUGCAUGUCAGCUGUUUUUAUACAUGCACAUGUCUCGGUCCGUUCGGUAUGAUGUACCCGAAAGACUCUGAGAGCAGGACAGUCAAACUUCUGGACGGGAUGUGGAAUUUCCGAGUGGAUGACUCGUCGAACAGAAACCGGGGGUUCGAGGAAAAGUGGUAUUCUGUUCCUCUCAGACAGACAGGGGAGGUAAUUCCGAUGCCAGUUCCAUCCAGCUACAAUGACAUCACACAGGAGAAGAGAAUCCGUGAUUUUGUGGGCUGGGCCUGGUAUGACCGUGAAUUUUUCCUACCUCAGGACUGGACAUCUAAGCGUGUUGUACUACGUGUGGACAGUGCCCACUACAACGCCAUUGUGUGGGUGAACUCGGUAGAACUGGUCAGACAUGAGGGAGGUCACUUGCCUUUUGAAGGGGAGAUAACUCGCUGGGAUAUACCUAUUGUGCUUGGAGGGAACAACAGGCUGACAAUUGCCAUCAACAACACAUUGUCUCCAACCACCCUCCCACCAGGGACUAUCCAGUACCAACAUGAUAUAAACAGAUAUCCGGAGGGUUAUUUUGUGCAGAACUUACAGAUGGACUUUUUUAACUACGCCGGGUUACAUCGCCACAUACAACUUUACACCACACCCAAGACUUACGUCCAGGAUGUUAUUAUUGCCACAACCCUACAGGGUUUAAACGGUUUGGUGAAAUAUACAGUGAGCACUAGUGGUCAGCCAGGCAAUGUCCAGCUGGCUGUAGAGAUCAUUGACCGUGAUGGGCGGGUAGUGGGCCAUAGUAACCAGUUUCAGGACACCAUUACAGUGGGCGAUGGUCACUUUUGGUGGCCGUACACGAUGAACAGCUCGUCCCCAGGGUACCUCUACACAUUCGAGAUGAACUUGACAUUAUUGAGCAGUGGGGUGUCUGAUGUGUACCGGCAGCAGUUCGGUAUCCGCGAGGUCAAGGUCACAGAUAAACAGCUGUUGAUCAACGAUCGACCAUUUUACUGCCAUGGUGUGGCCAAACAUGAAGACUCUGAUAUAAGAGGGAAGGGGUUGGAUUUCGCUCUUAUUGCCAAGGACUUCAACCUGCUGAAGUGGUUAGGGGCAAACUGUUUCCGUACCUCACACUAUCCGUACGCAGAGGAAAUCAUGGACAUGGCUGACCAACAGGGCAUCGUAGUCAUCAACGAGAGUCCAGGCGUCGGAAUCAGAAAGGCCAACAACUUUGGCAAUUUGUCCUUGGCCCAUCAUCUCAAGGUCAUGGAUGAGAUGUACAGGCGUGACAAAAACAGACCAGCGGUCAUCUUGUGGUCAGUAGCCAACGAACCGGACACCACACAUGACAAUUCUAUCUACUACUUUAAAACUCUCCUUUCCCAUGUGAGAUUUAUUGACAGUACAAGACCUGUCACUUUUGUAGCCAACUCAGACUUCAGCUCAGAGAAAGUGGCCCAGUACACAGACAUCAUCUGUCUGAACCAUUACAAUGCCUGGUACCAGGACUGCUCUCACACAGAGCUCAUACAGCGACAGCUGACCUAUGACCUCCGUCAGUGGUACGCCAAAUUUCGUAAACCAAUCAUGAUAACUGAGUAUGGGGCUGAUACCAUUGAAGGCUUUCACCAGGAUCCGUCUAUCGUGUUCACGGAGGAGUUCCAGGUCGAGUUCAUGACAGAAUACCACAAAACUUUUGACAAUCUACGACAUGAGUUCCUAGUCGGAGAAAUGGUGUGGAACUUUGCAGAUUUUAUGACAGCACAAGGAAUCACAAGAGCGUUUGGGAAUAGAAAAGGAAUAUUUACACGACAGCGGAGACCGAAGACGUCAGCUCACCUGCUGCGAUCUAGAUACCAGGCCAUGAUCAACAACACGUCGACUGUAAGGAAUCGCCACACAGGCAGAUAGUAGCUGUUGGAUUAUCUCCCUUGGUUGGUGAAAGGGCUGCUUCCAUUUAUCGUGUUCAACAUCAUAUGACCGACUGGAACAGAGUCAUUUGUUUAUGACAAAGGAACAAAUCCAGUGGCCUGACGUUGAUUUCAGAAAAGUUUUAAUGUCUGCAAGACCUUCUUAUUCAGUGUCCAGUGUGGUCAGAUCAAUCAGCCGAACCGCAUACAUGAGAAGUGAAGGAGAGGAAGACCCGAUGUUCUGGAUGAGUAAGCAUCUUCGACAACAUUCACCAUGUAAAUCUAGGUCAAAUCCAGGUCACGUCACAUCCUCACAUUGAGAGCUCGGGUAGUGACAACAAAAUCUACAAAUCACACAAAGAAAUAAUCUAUUUCCCAGUGAAAUCAUGACGAAUUGAGGGAAUCUGAUCAUGAAAGUUCACACUAGCUUAAGUAGGCGAGCUGGGAUUUCUGGUCACUGAAAGUUCAAAAGUGUCGGAAUCUCGAAGUUAUGAAAUAAAUUUCUAUGUAUGUAUUACCAUUAAAGUUUUAGUUAACUUGUAUUGAACAACAAAUGUUUGAUAACUGACAACAAGGAACGAUACAGAGAGAUCAAAUCUAGACUGAAGGAUUGUGUUACCAGUACAGUAUACAGCCCUGUGAUUGAUGUUCAAGUUUCCUCCCUCUGUGAGAUUUUCUACCUUACAUGUCACAUUAUACCUGCAAUUGAUACAGUAAGAUGCCUUAAGGCUAUUCUUUUCUUACACAUUAUACCUAUGAUUUUUUCUUUAAGCUUGAUAUCGUUAUAUUACAUAUUGCCUAUAUCGGCGGGCAGACUUUUGAUAUUUUUUUACUUCCAGUGUACUUGUAGCGGAAAUUUGUGUGGUACAUAUAAACAUAAUUAUAGAGGUAUUGCUGAUCUUUUGGCAGCCGAAGGGUAAAAUGAUCUCUUGUGUACACAUCAAACAAAUCAUUAUAAACAUUUGUAUAUAGACCAGCUGUAUGUGGACCAAGGUAGACAAUAUCAAAAUGGCUAAAUUAGGCUACAGGCCAAUUAUCAAUACCCUGGGCCUUUUGGUUAUUAAAGAGGAUUGAUUAAAACAGUUUUUAAACAUAUUUGAUCCCUAUGACCUUGAAAGCUACCAAGGUCAUAUACAUUCAUUUGAACAAUCUUUGUAGCCUGGCCUUCAACCCAGACUGCUACUAGCUAGUUAUUAUCACCCUGUGACUUUUGGUUAAUGAGAAGAUGUUGUUGAAAAGAUUUGUUUAACAUUUGACCUCUGUGGCAUUGAAAGUGGUCAAGGUCAUAUAACUGAACAAACUUGGUAGCCCUUCACCCCAAUAUAUGCUAUUAGCCAAAAUCACCACUCUUUGCCUUUUGUUAUUUAGUAGAUUUUUUGAUAUUUAGAAGCUGCCUUUUAAUCAUUUAACAUAUUUGACUCCUCUGACCUUGAAGAUAAGUCCAAGACAUUCAUUUGAACAACAGUAGCAUGUGUUCACCCCAAUUUGCUGCUGCACAGGCCAGAUAUCAUCACCCUGGAACUUUUUAGGUUUUGUUUUAAACAUUUGACCCCAAUGACCUUGAAAGUGGGUCAAUGUCAUUGAUCAUUACACCCUUUGUAGCCCUCAAUCCCAGCAUGCUAUUAGCAAACUAUAAUCACCUUAGGCUUACUGGUUAUUGGGAAAAAAUUGUUAAGUUAGAAAUGAAAACAAAGAAAAAAGGAACUAUGGAAGAUGCACUAAGACAUGCAUUAUAGCUUUAUCCUACCCAGGGAAGGACACCAGUUCUUCACUGAUUUACUUCCCAGCAUCAUUUAUACAGCUUUAAUUGGUAGACUGGAAAAAUCAACAAUAUACAGCUGUUUGAACCUCUGUUCUAUGAUCAGGUAUAAUACAAUCAGGGUUUUCUCUGAAUUCUUAAGAUAUUUAUUUUUAUAUAAGCCCCUUUUAAUCAUUUCUCCACAGCUACUCUGCUUCCUUAAAAGCUGAUUUUAUCACAGUCAACAAGUUUUUCACAAAACAAAAAUAGGAAGUUCACCUCACAGAGAUAGCUGUCCACAUACAACAGUUGUCCUCUGUCAGCAGUAGAUAAAGUCAGCUCUUCAGUCGCGUACUUAAUAAUACGAAACAGCUGAAGGGGGAUAAUGUGGUUCUUAACUAGCGAUACAAGUAUAAACCCUGGUAAAACAUUUCAUUACGAAACCUAUUUGUAUCACUUACAGUACAACUUUACCUGACAUUUUUCUGUGUACUUACAGUACAACUUUACGUGACAUUUGUCUGUGUACUUACAGUACAACUUUACGUGACAUUUGUCUGUGUACUUACAGUCCAACUUUACGUGACAUUUUUCUGUGUACUUACAGUCCAACUUUACGUGACAUUUUUCUGUGUGUGUACUUACAGUACAACUUUACCUGACAUUUGUCUGUGUACUUACAUUACAACUUUACGUGACAUUUGUCUGUGUACUUACAGUACAACAUUACGUGACAUUUGUCUGUGUACUUACAGUACAACUUUACGUGACAUUUUUCUGUGUACUUACAGUCCAACUUUACGUGACAUUUUUCUGUGUACUUACAGUACAACUUUACGGGACACUUGUC